AUGCCUAAUAUUUUUCAACUUACUACACCAGAUCUUAUAGCCAUAUUGAGAAUUUUAAAACCAGAUAUUUUCACAAGUGGAAAAAUAUCAGAUAUUAAUAGUAACGAUGAAAAUUCUUUUGAUAUUUUUGUUGCAAACAAUUUUUCUAUGUAUGAGGAUUGUAAAAAACUUCGAUCACAGAUAACGGAAUGGUUAUUGUUAAAUGGAUACUCAACUAUGCAUCAAUUUAACAAAGAUCCUAUAACUGAUACUUGGAUAAUACCAAAUGACAAAUCUCGACCAGUAGAAUGUGGAAAAUAUAGAGUUGCUCAGAAAGUUCCUAUAAUUAUACCAGAUCCUUUAUUUGAUGAGACACCUUAUUUAUUCAAUCCUAUUGAUGAUUCUGGUGACAGUGGUUUUAAUAGUAGUAGAACAUUCUCAAAUUUCUCAAAUGACAAUAACAAUAACAAUUUAAUUAAAACAAAAAGUGCUACAGAUAGAGUUUUAAUGAAAAGUUUUGCACCAACACCAGCCCGUCAUCCACCCUCCUACUACAAACAAACAUUAUCUCCAAUGGAAUGUCAGAUUAGUGGUUAUAAUGAUUCCUCCACAACAAAUUUUAAAGAUCCCCAAUUAUUUUCAACAUUUACUAUUUCAUGUCAAAAUAAUGGGACAGAAAAAUUUAUCCACUUACCAAUAGAAAAUUCAUCACUAACAUCUUUAGAAAAUGAUAUGCUGCCAUAUUGUAUUUUACAAAAAGAUAUAACAAAUGAACAAUAUGAUAUAAGUAAAGGAUUUAGUUAUCAAUUAUCUUUAAAAGAAUUAAUAGAAAAUUGUGUAGCAAAAAUUAAAGUAGCAGCUACAUUAGAUCAUGAUUAUAAUUCUUUAAUAAGUAAAUCAUUAAAUGAGGGACGCCUUGAUACAAUUAUUAUACUUUUACAAAAUAAGGCAAAAAAAUUUUGUACAGGUUUUGAAGAAAAAAUGUUAAAUGAUUAUUUAACAGAUUUAUUACCCUCAGUACAGGUUAUGAGUAAAUAUUUUAUAGAAAGUAGUGUAACUGGAAUUAGAAACAAAGUUUUAAAUGUUUUAAAGAAUGUACUUGAGGAGGGUGAUUAUAAAGAAUUUGAAAAUGAUUUAUAUAAAAUAAAAAAACUUUAUAAUGGAGCAAAACUUGAUAAUUAUUAUAAAAAUUUUUAUGGAAAAAAUCAUAAAAUUAUUGAUGGUUUAAUUUAUGAUAGUAUUGAUAAAAAGAAUGUUUUGAAAUUUAUGAAAGAACUUGAAAGUAAAUUAAAAGAUGAUCCAAGACAUGAGGAGUUAAGACAAUUUAUAAUUAACUUGUAUUCUAUUAGACAUGGAGAAUUUAAUAAAGGUGACAUUUCAGAGAGUGAUACUUUUGUUGAAGAGAGAGAGGAUUUAGUUUUAAACAAGUUUAAUUCUAAGAAUAAUGAAGAACAAGAAAAUAAUGAGAUACCAAAAAAUAUUGAUACUAUUAAAAUAUCUAACAGUUUGAAACUUGAAUAA